UAGCGUAGGAUUUGCUGAGGGGCCCAACUUUUUCGAUUUAGAUGAUCAUAAACUAAAUUCCUAGGGCUUUGGGAUCCCUGGGGGUCUGUGACAAGUCUGCCAAAUUGGUAAUCUUGCCUUGGAUGAAGCUCAGCCAAUGUGACAGACUGACUGAAAAUACAUCUACCCCAAGUGACUUGAUGGUUUUAAAUACUUGGUAUGUGUAAACCUUCUUGGCAAUAAACCUGCUUCUUGUCUGCAUUUUUUAUUCUGCUGAGUCUGUCUGUGGUAUACAUCACCAAUGAAAUGUUAUCAGUUUUGGCAAAUAGAGCGCGGGUUCUGUCGAUUGAACGGUCAGUGGCUCCUCCAUCUUUGAAUUCUCGUGGAGAUGCAAUGCAUGGUCGAAAAAAUCGAGUGACCAUCGGAUGGUCACUACAUUUUGCAAUGCUCUAUGGGAAAUUUUGAGUCGCCUAUAUGGGGCAUUGGAAUUGAUCACUCAGGUUUUGGACACCCCUCAAAAUGGCGCCAACCCCCAUACAGUCGCCUAUAUAGGGGUUAGGGAUCCAUUUUGGACACAGCCCUCAUGUUGUAGCUCAUAGAUACCACAAUUGAUGUAUAAAACAAACUUAAAAUGAUCUUAUUUUUGGUCUGAACACAAUUCUAAUCAGACUUAUGACAGACUAAAUUCACUUUCAAGAGGGAAAAAUGUUUUUUUGGAAAUAAAUGUCUAACCCCUUCACCCAUGUGCUUCUAAACCUCACAGACUCCAUGAAUUGAUGCCCAUCUUCCAAAUAUUUGGUCACAUGAUCAAUUUCUUUUACCAUUUCCAAGCAACAGGAGGUGGCUCGACUUACCCCACUCUCCCCUACAUAGGUGAACAUUAAUAAAAACUGGUCGUUGGUCAUUGUGUGAUCCUUUUUGGUGUUACAAUAUGGGAAAAUGCUACAAAAAUAUAUAUUUAAAACAAACAAACAAAAAAAUAAACACUUGUUAGCUAAUAACAUGUUGUGUUGUUAGUCCUCUCUACGGGACUUUGCAUGUUUGAUGAAUUUGUGACUGACUUCCUGCUCGACACAGGGGCGCGCGUUCAUGUAGCAGCGCGCUUCCUCUUCCCGUGCUGAGCUGUGCGGGUGCCCGCCAGACAAGAACGAUAGAAAAUGGCGAGUCAGUGUAAAAGGCAGCAAUGCACAAUCGACAGGCGCGGCUUUCGGCAGGAACUUGACUCGUGGAGGCACAAACUCAUUCAUUGUGUGGGUAAGGACAUUGCGAGUUACAUACCUAACAGUUUCACAGGCUGAAUUUCGCUUUUGCAUGAGCGUUGACGGUGUAAAUAACCAGCUAUUACUGGACUCACUCCGGGCAUCUCCGAGCGACUUUUUUGUCCUCAACUCUUCCUACUCACGGCAGCUAGCCUCGGCAUAUAGUUAAAUGCUGCAGUUUGCGACACUUUCACUCUACUUAUUUAGCUCCCUCCAGUUUGUAUUGCGUGGAUAAUUCAACCUGUAGACUUGAGUUAAUCUAAUCGUGAGACGUUAACGUUAGUUCGUUUAAAGGGCACCGUGCUUGUUUUAAAGGGAGUGUCUCUCGGUGUUGCGUCGGCUAAAGGGAUCUGUUUGCUAAAAUGCGCGCUCCCGAGUGAUGAUACAGUAUUUUGGAUGGGGGAGGGCAACUAAAUGACCGUGUUAGAUGUUUUCAGUUAACAUGUAGCUUACUUGCUUUACUGGUAUCCAGGGGGCGCGCAUUACUGCAUUCAGGAAGUAGUCGGGACCCCUCUGCUGCUGGGGGCGUUUCGGUUUUCGAUGACUUUAGAAUCAACUUCUGUCCGAUGGUCGGUUUCUUAAGCCCCCUUAAAGCUCCAGUAAGGAGUUUUUUUAAGCUUGUUGUUAGAAGGACUCAUGUCAGAAUCGAUUGAUGUCUCCAAGUGAACAACAUACAGGCAUGGGCUGGUGUGAGACUCUGGUUAAAUGCUAACCAAAACUGAAAAUGUCUGCUCCAUUGUGAUUACAGCUCUUGAGCGUGUUAUUUUGUGGUACGUUGUCAUCAUCACCAUGACAACAGCUAAGAAUGAGCUCAAAUUAUGACGAUGUUGAUCUUAUUAUUUCAGUGUUGAUGCACAAAGGAGAAGGGGGCAUAACCAGACACAGCUUUACUUUUAAAAACAAAAAGCAAAUGUGAUACCACCUGAAUUUAAUUGUGGAAUCAGGUUUGCAAAGAAUGUGUACUUGUCUGCUCCACAUCCUCCUGUGAAAUAAUGUAACCCACAAUUUCCGGAAUGGCUACGAAAACGCUGUUUCCACCGAUCGUAACUGAUCGUAACCAGUUAAUGUUAAUUUCCACCUACUUCUUUCUGUUCUGCUGCGGAUCGCUGGACUCUGCAACCGAUCACAAGAGUUUUAUUGCUGGUGACAUCCCUAUUUUUCUCGAAUGCCGGAGCAUGCUGGGUAAAUUCAGCACAGAUUAACCCGUGCUGGAAAAGGGAGUCGGGCACAGACACAAAAUAAAACAUCCAAAAUAAAACAAAAAGUGAAAGGUUUUCAGACAUCAUUUCACCCCAAGACACCAUGGAUGAGUUGAUGCUGAUUUUAGAAGUCCAGAAAUAGAUUUCCUCCUCUAGAAGGAUACAAUCUACUACUUAUAUGGUUAGCUUAUGUGGCUAAAGACAACUUGUCAUGGUGCAAUUGCACGCGAAUCCAGGGUUCUUGCGAGUUCUUGGGAUUCUCGCUAUCUGUAAUCAGAUCCAGUACAUGGAUCCAGUAGGGAUUGGCGUACGGCAAAAUUGGCGCUGUUGCGGAUCGGAGCCAUUUUGGAUAUGGUGGAAAUCCCGCGUUAGGGAUGGUAGCUGGUUAAUUAGCCAUGGGAUCUGCGUCAGUGGCAAUCCAACAGUAUGAAUUGCUUCAAUACCAGUCGGUCUAACUCUUGCAGCUGUUUGCAAACAUUUAUUUGAAGACAGGACUUUUUUGCAAGCUAUUUUUGGUGCUCUUCUCGUUACAAAGACACCUUGAUUAUGCAAACUUGCCCAUGUAUGUAACACUAAAAGUUUGAUGGCUAUCUAUUUCUCUUUAGUCAUUUUUAUAGUUUGAAACUGCAGCUGAUGGUAGUAUCUGAUAAAAGCUCUAAGAUAACGCUGCAGAAAUGGCCUCUUUGUAGAGUUCUUACACAGCUGGGUUUGUAUGUAAAGUUGUGUUGAUAAGAGGACACAUCGAUUAAGCUCACAAAAUGACAGCUUACUUGUGCCAGCAACUGACUUCAGCUGUAAGGAAGUUUUAUUAAUUGUUGGAAACAGAUGGGAAAAAUAGCUAUUGCAAUGCCUGAAGUCCGGGAGGAGCUGAACAACACUUCGGUAAUGCUGCCAAUUUGCCUGUGCAUCUUAGGAGCUUUCAUCCUUGAGCACAAAAAAAUCUUAAAAGUAAGAUAUAGUGUCAUCACCUAUGCAGACCAGUCAUUCAACGAAGGUAAGAAACAUGGCAGCGACCACCCAAAGUUAAAAAGGCUGGCCAAAAAAUUCAGUGAAUUCAAAGCUCUCGAUAACAACCAUUGGAAGUACUGUUUUCUGCAGGCCACUGGUGUACUUGUCUCAGCAUUGGUAUCUGUGUGGGUACCUGUAAUGGCCAAAAUGAGUUUGACGAUAUUGGCACUAAGAUAUUCGCAACCAUCCGAUAUUUUGCAUCCCAAACCUGCAUGUGCGGGAUAAAAUCUGUUAAAAGAUUUAACCCCAUUAUGCAAUCUUUAACCUUAAACUUACACAGAUAUGAAGAUAUAUUUGUACCAUGUGUAACACAAAAAUGUCUUUUUUGAAGCUCAGUGAUGGUUGACUUUUCUGAGAAAUAUCACAACAUUGACCUGAUGGAUUUCCACAAACUUUGCACAGAUAUCGAUGCCAUUCUUUAUCCACAUGUAGGUGUGUUUGAAUGUUGGAAUGGUUGAAAAUGCCGACAAAAGCAUACCGCACUCAUACAAUCAAUCCUUCAUGUCACUGUAGAAGGACAUUGUAUGCAUAUGUUUUGAGUCUUCUCUUGAGUGAGCAGCAAUUCUAAACACUGUUUGUCAAACUGUGUACAUAGUGACUGAUGACAAAGUACUGAGAGGGUCGUCAUAACUCUAGUCUGUACAUAUGGUAUAUUAUAACUCAAAGUUGCCCGACAAACAAUUUACAAUCUUGUAGCCUGUCCAAAUUAUGUCUGUUUGGUAUUUCUUCCCCAGUUUCAGUGGCCAGUUUUAUUUUUAGGUGUCACAGCAAUAACAUUAUCACUGUACGGCUUUAACAGCAGCGAGCCGCACAUGAAUGAAGCGUUCAAAGAAAUCGAAAGUGAAACCCAAACAGAUGAUAUCCUUCUCUUUAACCUCUCCUGUGUGUGAAUAUCAAGUGUGUUUAUUGUGUACAUGCUUUUAAAUUCUGUUUCUUUAGUUUAAGGAAAAUACUAAAUUGUUAAAGAGGUUUUAUUAAUUUAAACCUGUGGUAGUUGUGAGUAUAUUUAAUAAUUUUUGAACCCUAACAUCCUUCACCGCCUGUGAUAUUUGGCAUAAAUGUCAAAUACAUUGGAAACCAGGUUUGAACUGCAUGACACAGAGGUUAAUUUGAAAACAAGAACACCACUCCUGACACUGCUGAUCUCAAAAUGUCAAAUUAAAUCAAUCUCUCAUGAAGUGACUGCUCUGCAAAGCCCCCACUGAAAUGUGCAGUGCAUACUCAAGGCGUGUACUGUAAGUUAAAAAAAAAAAAACUUUAAUAAUUUAACGGUGAAAUGAUGUGAAGUUGCAGGGAGCAGCAACACUAAAUCUGUUAGUAACAAUUAUAAAGAUUACCUCUUGCUGACAAAAUGUGGUGGUGCAGUAGAUUAAACUGUUGAAUGUAUAUAGCUUCAUUUACAGCUACUUGGAUCUCAGCCGUAAAGGAGCAAGAAGGUCUACGAUAAGAGCGGUAGUUGAAAUUUCAAGACAGCUUUGAAACAGAAUUUUAAGAAUGGUGUAUUAAGUCAAUGCAUAAAGCUGUUUGAUAAUGUGACUAUCUCAUUAUUUUAUAGACAGGCUUUUGGUUCGACACAAAUACGGAUGCUGCUCCAGCUUGAGUUUUCAGUACAGAUGGACAUUUAAAGUAGUCGCCUUAAUUUCAGGGAUGUGCAGUAGUGGAAUUUUCAAGAUAUCUAUUUGUCAAACUAGUUUUUGCCAAUAUUUCUAUUGAUUCUGAUUGAUUUGCACCUUUUAUCUUUUUUGUUUUGAUUAACUCCAAGUCUCUUCUGCACCAACAUUUAGCUUUAACUCUCUCUGUUACAAUAUUUGUUUCAGAAAUAGACAUAAAUCAAGGCAUCAUUUGAUUCCACCAUAAAUGAUAAAUGUAUCCUUUGUAAAUAUAGACAUUCAGUAGAGUGUCUGCUGUCUAUUUCUGACACUUCAAAUGCCACUUUGACAGUAGUUUGACUGCCCUACAAAUUUUAGAUGAAUGAACAAAAUUGAAAGAAAGAGAGAGAGAGCAAAGAAUUUGACACAGACUAGUUACAACUAUUAUACAGCCGCUGUGUACUGUCAGUCAAAACCAGUUAUUUUUCUGAAUUAUGACGCCUGAGGCAAUGUUGUUUUCUUAUUUACUGUUUUGACAGUAGGCCUGUCACAGCACAGCGUUUGCUGUUGGUGCUUGGUACCAUCUAUUUUACAUACAAUUGAUAGUGUGGGUUAUAAUGACAAUGUUCAGCGGUCCACAGCAAACUUAUUCAGCUAAGAGGCCACAAUACUAGGUGGGCUGUGAGCUCGUCAUUGAAAAGAAAAUGGGGAGAGUAUAAAAGCUUUCUGACUCGUCUCCACAGACCCAGGACAGCUCGGUUACUCAGCCCCCCUCCCCUAUGAUUGACAAAUGCCUCUUGUGUUUGGGCUUUAAUUGUAUAGCUGCAGAGUACAUGACAACAGCACCAGCCUGCUUGUUGCAGAAUGGCAUAUUCUGUCCAUGACAACAAGGACACACUUUUGUUUGGCUUUUUGGUGGAGAGGGCUGCACGCCGCCGCACCAACCACCACCCUGCUGACGCUGAAAUGAACAUUUUGUCUUUGUGUAUUUAAUGUGAGCAGUAAAACUGUGGGGCAGAGACAAGAGCAAUUGUCCUCUAGAACAGCAGCAACAAUUGUCUGUAUGUUUGUCCAUACAUGUGUUCAUGGACCAACAGCCCCCACAUGCAAACUGUGUGGCUGAAAGCGUGUCUUCUGUGUGGAUUUGGAAAAAUUUGGACCCGAGCACUUCCAGAGAACAUUUGAAAUGCAUGGCAUGUCAGUUAUUCGCGGUUGCUUUUGACAUGUGAGUGGGAUCCUAGAUUUCCUCAAACAAAUAACAAGCAAGUAUUGACAUUAGGCAGAUUGUCUUGUUUAUAAUUUAAACUUCAUCUGGCCCAUUUUCUGCUUCAGCAUGCCCCCUCUUAUGGACCCUUGCCCUACAUUUCCCCAAUUUAAAUAGAGAGAGGGCUGGGGUUUGUUAACAUUCUGCGCAACACGGCUAAAAGCCUUUAUGGUUUUAUCUUAAAUGUUCCCUCUCUGACUGUGUGUAUGUCCGUGUGUGUGCUUGAGUGUUCAUGUAAGUGCGUGCCCCCUCUUUUUUUCAUAUUUGCUUAAAUCAUAGUGGUCUCAUAUUUGUUAUUCAAAGUUAUGCUGUGUGCUGUGUUACAUCAUUUGACUGUCAGUUUGCAUCAGAUCACGUUAAGUAUUCAUGGAGUGUGUUUUUCCCCGCUAUAGAUGCUGCUCAAAGCUGCCACCUCAUUGCCCUCUGUAUAGCGUGAUCCAACGACUGUAUUUUGUUUGUAAUUAAAACAAUGUGUUACGACAUUUCAAGCACUGCGAUGCAUGUUAGUGUGUCUGACUUUCCAGUUUUUUUUUUUGUGAAUAGCAUAGUUGGUAACUCUGAUGCUUUUUAGAUGAUCGGGCUUUAGGCUCGGUCUCUGUGUGAUGGGCUCGAUGGGGAUGAAAAUAACCAUGUACUGUAGCUCAACUAAUUUGUGCAACUUUGUCAUCUGUGCACUCACCCUCAGCCCUCAGCUCCAUCUUACAUGCUCAUAGAAUAUUGCUCAGGGAUAUCAGUGACCCUAUUCAUACAAAAUUACAGUCUCAUAAGCAUCACAGUCUGAGUAUUUGACUUAUUUUACAACAGGAUGCAGUCUGAAAAGAACAUCUAAACAUCCUUCUUGUAUUUUGUUUCAUUGUGACCAGAGGUACCAGAUAAGCAAGGUUCGUUUUGGCAGCAAACUAAUAUGGGGCUUAGGGAAGCUCCUGUUCUGUGAGCUUGUGGUCACUCCUUGUGAGAUAGCAUGUGUACAGUAGCUACAGUGGGGGAUGGGCUGAGUGAGGGUUAAUGCAGCACUGUACAUCCUCAGCACUAAAGCGGCAGUGGGAAGGGUGGGUCAUCCAAAAGAUAGAGCACUGCAGUCGCUUGAUGAGACUCAACUCAUGCUUUUUUUUUUCUCAAGAUAAUGUUUUAAGGCAUGAAUGAUAGAAGAAGUAGGUUAAAAUUCAGAUGAAAUAUGAGAUUUAAAGUUUGAGCUUUGAAAAUCUUUCAUUGUACAUGUCAAGGCUCUCUUUAAUUUUGGAUAAUUUAGGAUAAACUCAGCACCUAUGAUGCUCAUGCAUACAGCUUUUAUUUCUAUGUGUAAUUAAAAAAUACAAGAUUCAAAGAUCCAGAGGAAUUGCGCACGUUUCCCUAGACUGCCGAAGCACCCUGUAGCAUUUCUCGUCAUCUCCUCAAUUGAGCAGAAUCCUUUCACCUUCUAUUUUAAGGGACUGUCCACGGUCAUAGUACCUCCAGCAGAGAUUUGGGAACAUGAUCAUGAAUAUAUAACUAGAUUAUAUCUUCUGAAUCACACAUUUGUGAUUUCCAUUAGUCUCACAAUGUCGGUUUGAAUGCAUAAUAAGCACGCGCCGGCUGUGCCAUGUGAUUGCACAUCAAACGUGUGCAUAGUCUGCUAAAAUAAGAUUGACCUUUUGCCUACACUACCAACAGGCAGCAAUAAGCAGUAAAGAGGGAUUUAUCACACAUUAUGUUCAAUUCAGAGUGACGUACUGCAUAGGUUAAGAUUGGGAUUUAGGAAGGUUAAGCUGAUCCUAGAUCUGUGGGAUUUCUCUUUCUAAGUGCUGGUGUAAAGGGCAAGGUAGUCACAUUCUCCAAAUCUUUCCUCUCCUCCCUGUCUCUGAUAGGCUAGAGAUGUAGGUCAGCAAAAGGCUGAAGGCAAAUUCAUCAUUUCAGCAUCUGUGUGACAUAUAUAUUUACGUAUUUAUAUUUUUUGCUUUUGGUCCAAAGUGGUUUGUGUGUAGCCCUGAAUUUUUUCUUAUUUUUUUACAGUAAAGAUUUUCUGAGACAGGUUUUACAAAUAAUCCUGAAAAUUAUUUGACAUUUGUUUUUGCUAAAGUCUCACAAAGCAUCUGACUGAAUCAUUUUUACUGAGGUUUAAAGUUUUCAAUACUCAUUUUUAUAGUGGGGCUCGCUGUAGUUUUUGGUAUUACGCAGUGUUGUGGUACUAUUACUGUGAGUUACAUACUUCUUUUUGGGAAAGUGGAUGCUACAGUCAGAAACUGAACGCUGUAAUGUAAUGUCGGUGAUCUCAUCCGUUUGUUUGUGAAGCAGAGAUUUGUAGCUGAGGCAGUGGGCGCCAUAUCCUCCUCACAAAUUCGUACCGUGAGCCCACGUCAGUGAAGUCGGUGCCUCUGAGUCACACAUCUUUUACCUGAAUAUAUUUUAAACAAACGAUUUACAAAAUAAUGAACUCCCUGUACAAUAGGUGCAGUGGGAGCCCUGAGCUAUUCAGAACCAAACCGGUUUUUGAACCACGUAAAUGUGUUUAUUUUUGCUCAGAUAAUGGGCUCCUCUGGCUUAGUGUCUUUGUGGUUCCCAAUGCUUCUACGGCUACACUCAAGCCGGCGCUCGGGGAACUGCAGUUUCAGCACUUCGGCGCAGGCUUCAUUUCUCAAGACUGGAGACUGCUGCUUGGCUGUAGCACAGAAAAGAGGGAGUCAUAUUUCACCCCCCUAUCAUGUGACAAAAGUAGAGAUUUACAACAGAGGCAUGUAAUGGGGCAGUCCACCUACGAAGCAAUGGUGACCAAUCUGACUUUAAAGACCAAAGUGAGAAACGGUGAGAACAUUUCCUGGUCCAUGGCCUCCCCUAAACGUUACACCUGCAGGGUUAAAAUGUUGGCUCUUUGUUAAUUCUUUAAUUAUGAUUAAAAGCUGACCAUCAACAGUUAACGACCAUUUUGUGGGAGUAUUUUGGUCUUGAAAAUGGAGAUGACCUAUGUAGGCUGUAUCUGCAGCCUGAUGGAAGCAACGGUAUACAGUUAUUAACCAACAUGGAGGUGCUGCCUCUGCUAGUGGUAGUUGCUUUGACCCUAUGUUUAGCUGUGUUAAAUAAAAAAUCAAUAGACUCUGAACUUCCUCAAUGACAAUCAAUCAGUCAAUUGAAGUGCAUUGAAGACCUGAAUCAUACACGUGAAAAGUACCGUUCAAAAGUGCAGUGCUCCACUACGUAAAACAAUAGAUGACGACCUCCACCGCUGGAUGAAGCUACCACAAUCCAUAUUAGGCAGAAUAGCAACAAUUAAAAUGACAAUACUACCUAAAAUAAAUGAUCUUUUUUCAAUGAUCCCAACCCAUCCCACUUCCACCUGGUUCAACUCUCUAGACUCAAUAAUCACUAAAUUUCACUGGAAAAAUAAAACACCAAGGAUCAAACUUGGCCACACUUCAAAAACCCAAAUUGCAAGGCGGAUUAGAUGCCCCACAUUUCAGCUAUUACUCACUGGCAAAUCAACUACAGUACAUAUACAAAUGGACACACCCCAAUUACUCAAUUUUCCUCAUAGUGGCAACAGAAGGCUGAAAGAAGCAUCGGCUGCUUUAUGAAUGUAAAAAUACUGUAUCUUAGUAUGUUGUUAAAAAGAAUAAUAUGUGUGAAUUUCUAGUUGUUGCAUUGAGAUUGAUCAAUGAAGUCUGUCAGUCCUAUUAAAAAUGAUGAACUUUAUAUUUAAUCAAUAGUUUCCUUUCCCGCAGCUACAGUCAAAGCAUUAAAUUCAUGCUGUAGAAAACCCAGAAUAUGUGUUCAGAUUUUAAUAACAGAACAAAAUCAAAACAAGGCAAGCAAAUUGCAAAACAGUCUUUUAUCAUCAUCCUGCUUUUGUACAGCUGGAUGAUUGGCAUCAGCAGUUAACUCCUACAGUCCUAAAUGGAACAUGCAUGCAGAUUUGAUAUGCACCCGAUACUCACAUUGGUUUGUUCCAUGUACCAGUGCCUGCAGUCUUGUUUUCCCUCAAUUUUUGCUGUAGAUGAAGACUGUCAGGCUCAUUAACCUGAUAUCUUUGUCCUGUCUUUUCAUUAGUCCUUGCUAAGUUUUAAUAUAAUUAGGUGUUCAGCCUGGUGGAACCUUGUACCUGGCUCUCUUUUUUUCUUUUCUAAUUAUCACUUUGCACCUCUGUAGCCUCUGCUUGUUAUUGUAUCUGGAGGCUUAUCACUACUCAUCAAACCAGAAAAAAUGUAUCUCAAUCGUGGCCUAAUUUUCUCUUCAGCUUAAUUAAAUGGCAAAUGUUCUCUCAAACAGAAACUACAGCCUUUUUAACACAGUGUUUCAAGUCCAUGAAUUAGUUAACUGUGGUUAAGUAUAGGGCACUUGGUUUAGUGACAUGUUGCUGUUAUAAUAUUCUGUACACUUCCAUUUUAAUGACAGCCAUUAUUCACUGUUUUUAUACACUCAUUUAUUUUGUAGAGCUUGCAUGUCAGCUGUACACGCUAUCAAUAUUUCAUUCAUUGCACAUACAUGCAGCCUGCGCUUUUAAGUUUAGGUUGCUGCUCCCAAAAUGGUUGUGUUUCAAGAAGCUCUCUGCGUCAGCCUCUGCAGCACACUUUGCUCCGUCAGUAGAAACGUGCUAAAAUUGCCUCAAAGUCAUGGUUUACAGUAUGACACAUUUGAAAAUGCCCUAACCGUAAUUCCUGAAGAGUAGUUUGAUGUCAUGCCGCUGCUCUGUCAAACGAAAGUGGAUGACCUACUUUUCUCCCACUGCCUCUGAAAUAUUUCAGAAAUAGGAUUGGAUAGCUCCAGCUGAAGUCCUGUGCACUAACCCAGAAACAGACUCACGCUGCAGCUAUAGGCAAGCCUGUGUUUCAACACUUGCCUCCCCCCACCACCACACCCCCUCUCCCUCUUCAUGUUUGGCUGUUGAAAGUGGGUGGGAGUUUGUGGGGAAGCAGAGCGAGGGCAUUUUAACAGAUGACAGCUUUUACUGAAUUCACUGUGAGUUUAGGAAGAGAGUGGAUGGUAAGCUGAUAUUUUUCUCACUUGUUAUCUGUGAAAAUAUCCUGUAAAUAGGCCUUUUGUUUUGAUGGGAAGUUUGAUCACUGAGUAGUUAAUUUAACUUCUUCGUUUGAUACAGGCGUAGCGCAAUAAUUGUGAUUGUCAGUGUUUUAUGUAUCUUUUUGGCAAGCAUGUAUUGUGUUAAUUUAAAUGCUUAGAAAUGUGUGUCUUUAUUACGCUUUUAUCGCUCAGCACAUUUUAAGCAGUUGUCUCUCUCAUCAAGAUCCAGUUGAGUAGACAGAUGUUACCUUUGACCUCUUUAGCGCUUGAUUUCUCCAUUUAAUGCAUAUAGGGGUUUUGGAUUUGACACAAAACCUGCAGGCAUCUGCACACUGUGCAUUUUGUGUUAAUGCUGUUCAGCUGUGCAGCUGUGUGCAGACUGAUAUACUGUGUAUAUGAAACAUCUGGGACAGUAGGACACUGUCAUCUCAUCAGUAAUUCACUUAUUUUGAUGUCAACCUUAUUGUAGGAUAAAAAAUGUUUGUAUGUUGUCUAAGUGUUGACUUCCCUAGAAUAAACUGUGCAGAUACAUUUUUGGUUGAAUUCAGGAUUUGUUAGCAUGGUGUUAAAUACUUUUAUAUUCUCACCUAUGAGUCCUGUUUCUUUUUAACGUACCAACAUGCAGUCACUCCCAACUCUUUAGGUGCUUCAGUUGCUUGGCAACAGGAGGACGGAGUGCAUGUACCAAGUGUUGGAAGUAAAAAGCUGGGGUGAAAGCUGAUAAUGUUUUUUUUUUUUUUUUUUUUUUUUUUUUUUAACUGAAGCCUUUGGUUGCUUUCAGGGGUUGUCAAGAUGAAAUAGACAGAGGAAGACACGGCAGGGUGAAUGGAAAAGAUAUAAUCACAGGAAAUGUCAGCGGUGUGGAGUAAAGCACGCUGUCGCUAUUUUUGUGUAUCAUAAACUAAUUUGGGCCCUCAGGGAGGUUUGAUUGUCUGAGACGUUGAUUCACUAGGUCUGUGUUUUGCUGCUGGGUUGAGAAGCAAGCCUCGAUCAGGUGUUAAUAUGAACUCAUGUUUUUCUGAUGAUAUAAUGUUUUUUUUCUUUUUUUGGGGUGGUGGGGGUAGUAACAAUCUUUACUAAAUAUUUAAUGUCUCUUCUCAGGUUUCGAGAGCAUUCUUGAAGGUCUGUUUGGUCCAGAGCUGGUACAAGACCUAAAAUUAUUUAAAGGUAAGAAUCACAACCCAUUUCCAUAAUCAUAAUAGUUGUAUUAGCCAUUAUGUGCGUAUGAGAAUUGUUUAAACAAACUGCUUUUUUUCUGUCUAUUACGACAAUACUGCUGCAUUGUACCCUCUGGUACCCAACUACAUUGACUCGAUAAGACAGCCCCUCUGGCUGCAGAAGAGAAGAUGCCUUGUGUUGCUGUAAAGUUGGUGUUUUGGAUCGUGUGGGGCCAGUGUCAAAGUCUAGUGUCGUACAGACAUUUUUAUAAAGCAUGAUGUCAGUAACACAAUAGUGGGCAUUAUUUGGGUUUCCAUUACAUUUACAGAGAGAGGACCAUCAAUGUAGAAAGUCUUUAUGUAACAACAGUUGGAAAGAGGACUGCUGAAUACUUAGUUCAACUGAAUCAGCCGAGGAUGUCCAGUUUCACCAAAACAAAGUAACUAAAAUUAAGUCAUUACAUUUCUGUCAGUUGAAAAUAUUAAUAUAAAACACUACAAGUGUCCAACAAUCUUUUUAUGAGGAAGCUGGACAAUACUGUGGAGACAGAAACAAACUCCUGAAAAAUACUUUUUUAAUUGGAAUCAAAAGAAGUAACAAAAAUCAGGCAGAAUUUCACGUAAACAAAUGUUUGUUUAGUCUAUAACUCAGUGGUAUAUAAGCCUGUGGCCUGCUCAACAAAGCCUGUGUACUUGUGUAACUAUUUCGCAUUUGGAGGCUCCUCUUAAGCUAAAGCUCCCGUUAAAAAAAAUAACAAGCUGCACCCACCAGUCAGAAGAAGGGUAUUAACCAUGUCAUCAGUAAAAGUUUUCACCAACAAAACUGACAUUUUUGUGAUUUCAAAAAAGACUUUUUAAUUCCAAGGAAAAACGCCUUUGUUAUACUUUUGUAUUUCAUUGCUUUCAUGUGUUUGUGUCCACAGACUUUGAGCCUUCAGCAGUGUCUGACUGGUCGUUUGAUGAGAACUGUCUAUUCUGCUGUUUGAGACGAGAUAAAGUAAAGGUAAGAAAACUUUUUCAUGAUUUCUUCAAUUCACUCUAAAUUCUAUUCAGCUAGAAAGGACAACAAAUUGAAUUGGAUUUUCUCACAUUAAUUUAAACUCGUUUUUUAUAGUCAUGGAUUUGUCCAACUAAACUCCGAAGGACAGAAAAUUCAACUUUUUUUUCCAAUUGACAGGAACACUUAAUUGGCCUGGGCCACGAGGGUCUUGAAGAUACCCCAAAACCUCUCCAGAUUAGAGAUCAGACCACAAUCAGCAGACUAGAGAAGCAAGCUGAGGAGUUUCUCCAUGCAGUCCUCAGCAGAAAAGGUAAGUCCAGACUUAUUGUAAUGUCACAGAGUUAUUUUUAGAUUUUUGAACAUCCAUCAUCUUUUUGUAGGCUGUUAUUUCAGUGUGAAUCUUCUGUGAAUCGUUGAAUUCGUUUUUAUCUUCUCAAGAAAAAAUCUGAAGUGUAUUGUUUUUUGUUCUCUUCUGCUCACAAACGCCGAGCUAACGUGAUCACCUGUAGCUCAGCUCACAGUCGUACCUUGUUGCUUUUUCCUUCCAGAUGUGCCAAAUUUCUCGGACCCACACAUUCCAGUAGUGGCUCGAGAGAUCCUUCAAAGAAUGAUCAAACAAUUUGCUGCCGAAUAUACCUCAAAAACCAGCUCCUCUCAGGACAGUUGCUCAGAUUCUCAGCCUCUCUCUGACCAAAGCCGGCCGACCCUGCCCUUGAUCUCAGGGGCUACUCCCUCUACCAGCCCUGCUCCCACCCAGACUGGGCCUGCACACAACCAGAACCCCGUCCUCAGCAAGCUCCUCAUGGCUGACCAGGAUGCUCCUCUUGACCUCACCAUCAAGAAGCCCCUGGCCAUGCCUAGUGACCAAGGUAGUAUCACCCCCUGCUUGAUUCUCUAACAGGACGACUGACUAUUGCACUCCAGUGAAAGGUUCAUGUCGGUUUGAUGUUAAAUUCCCGCUUUUCUCACCUCAUCUUUUAAUCAGAUGGAGUUCUUGACCUGUCAAUCAAAAAGAACCGCCAUAGCAACAACCUGCCUGUCCGAAGCCCCUGCCUCUCGCCAGCCACACCCAUGAUCAAAGGGUGAGUUGAUUUUUCUCUACAUCCUUGUAGAACCCAGUCCUUCAUCAGCAGUCAUGUUUUUGUGUAGCAUUAAUGUUUGUGACUAAACCGAGGCCCCGAGGACAGAAAUGAUUUAUGCCAGAAGUAACAUUAGAGUAACAAAAAAGAAGCUAUAUCACAUAUAUCACAGGUUUCUCACUCAGUGAAGGAUAGCUCUUUUGUUUCUAUGCUGGUAAGACUAUAUUUUAUGUCGUACAGGAUUCCUUUAAAAAUAAAACCACAUUUGUCUGCAGAGCAAAGAGAGUUUAAAGGAUCUUCUCUGUGGGCAAAUUACCAUCUUAUUUCAUUCUUAAUCAAAACAAACAUUUGAAACUACAACUCUUUUUUUCAUAUAAAGGUUAAUAUCCAUAUGUUGGUGUGGUUCUCCUUCUUCUUUGUUAGCCAGAGCCUCUCAGUGAUCUCUCAUCUGGUCUUGAAUGUGCCUUUUUAUAAAAUUUUCAUAUGGAUUAAUUAAGCACCAAUGGUUAGGCAUUCUCUUUUUUCUGCUGGUUUUGAGAGUUGAAUACAUUUAAAACAAACGAUCAGUUCUCGCAGAAAAGAGCCGCCUCCUGUAUUCAUCUUAUUGAUAAUGUAAUCUGCAGCAUGCACUCGUCAAUGUCGUGAAAGCACCCACUGAAAUCAAGCAUCACCUGAGAUAUAUGUAUGGUUUGAAUCAAAUACACCUUCAAAAUGACUCAAGUUAGCUUUAGAGUUUUAGAUAAAAUAUGCAUUUCUUCUCUGUGAUCACUCUUUGAAUAGCCAGGUUAUGAGCAUAAUGCACACAACCACCCUCUGCUGGCUUACUCUUUUAUUGCUGUGCUUGUUCAGUGGUAACGUCACACAUAAAAUGUCAUGAGCUUUAUUUAUUGGUUAUUUUGUACGGCAUAGUUAUUGUGCCCUCCUUACUGGCUACAUGCAAAGCUGCCUUAUUGCAAUGACAAAUAAUCCCUCCUCCUGGCUAAGCUUUAUGAGCCAUGGGAAGACCUUUAUGUACUUCACUUAUUGCCCUUCCUUUUGCUUAUACCUUCAUUGUUUCUUUGCCCUUUCUCUUCUUUUUGUUUCCUACUUCUUAUGUUGAUGAAAUUUUGUAAACAAUCAUCACAGCAAACAAAUAAAAAAGUUUUCGCACUCGAGCCUUUUUUGUUCUUAAAAGUCACCCACACUCCAACAUCGUCAGUAGUUGUAAGAGAUAGUGAUGUUACCAAGGCAAGGUCAUAUAAAUAAAGGAGUGGCCAACAUCCUCCCCUCCCCAACCCAUCCUCCUUUAGAAAAGAGAGAAAAGGCACUGUGCAAGCUCUGCUUACACCCAAUUUCCUUCCAUCCAAUCAGGCGAUCCUUGAGAGCGGACGGACAGGUCGGGCUGUUUAUGAGGAGCCUACAGGAUGGGAGGAGGAGGGAGGAUAUCGGCCACUCCAACCGUUAUAAGCCUUCCUCAUCUCUUGCAUACUCGCUCCACAUCAAAGAGGAGGCCGAUCUGGAGAGCGACCCAGAGUCACCUCUCAGCCAUAACCACAGCUCCAGACCCACUGACCUUUUCAAAAACGGAUCUGCUUCAUGGAAUUCCAAAAAGAGUUUCGGGGCCCUCCUCAAACUCAAAACCAGCAGCGAGGCUAGUGAGCACCUUAAAGACAUACCCAGGUUGUUGGAAGCUGCUGGACUUUUGUCAAAGUCCCUUGCCUAUGAGAAAGGAAACUUCCAGGUGGCCUGCAGGGACCUCUCACCUUCUCAGUCAUCCUCUUAUGACCUCAAAAUUCCUCAGGUGCGGGUUUUGGCUGCAGGAACCGAUCCGUCCUGGGAUUUCCUGUCAACCGAGUACUCAGGUUCAGUUGGUGAGAACGGUCUGGGAAAGAUCAAUCGUUCCGUUUUACCCCGGCAGAUCCAGAAAAAGAGCAGCGGCGGUUUGAGUAGCUCAGGCUCCGAGAAGGACUACUGGCCUUAUGAUACCGACCGCCAAGCCUUGGGGGGAAACUAUCCUCUGGAUUCAGAGUCUGAUUUGGGUCCCAAGCAGCCAAGAAAGAAACGAGGGCGGUACCGUCAGUACAACACUGAGCUGCUUGAAGAGGCCAUUGUGGUGGUGAUGGGCGGCAAAAUGAGCGUGUCUAAAGCCCAAUCGAUUUAUGGCAUCCCCCACAGCACCCUGGAAUACAAAGUUAAAGAGAGACUGGGGACCUUGAAACAUCCUCCCAAAAAGAAACUGAAGUUGUUAAGCCAGUUAGAGGACCAGGAUGUUUCACGGUCCCUGGAGGGGAAGGAACUCCAAAACUCCCCACAAAUUGAUCCUGGGAAGAAAGAGAGCACUUCUGAUGAGAACGGGAACGAUUCCCGGGAUGGAAGCCUCUCAUCGAACGAGUGAUCUAACCCUGGAGUACUAAUGAUGAUGUACUUUUAAUCUCACAGAUGUUGCAUUUACCAGACAGUGGUGGGAGCUACUUUCAUUUUUUUUUCUCUCUCUUUAAAAUUGAGAGCGGUGUUCAACACUCAAAUUGGUUAAUUUCUCCCCCUUAACUUUAGUCAUUUAUACAACAAAAUCGUUAUGAAUAGCCAUCUUUCUUAAACACUCCAAGUGUCUACUUGCCCUACAUGUGCAAAUGUUAAAUAAGAAGGAUUAUGAAAUACUACUCUACUAUGUUAAUUUAUAUUGAUUUAUUUGGGAAAAAAAUGAUCCCUGGCUCUAUAAAUGUCGUCUUCACACAGCAGAGCCACAAUUGGUUCAUGUUUGAGGUGAUGGCGCCCCUCGGUGUCCUCUCUCAGUACUGUUUCGAGCACUUAGUUUGAGUUCAGAUUGAAUCGAUCUCUAUGUCUGACUUUUUUUUUUGUGUUGAUGACUCUCACUGUUUUGUAAAUGCACUUCUGUGGUUAAUGGAACACUGGAGAGAAGACUAAAUGUUCAGACACUAUUAUAUUUUAAUAUUUAUUAUUUCAGACACAGAUAUUCAGAAUACUUAUUUAUUAUUAUUGUCUUGUCAAGUAGCAUGUUAUGAGCAGGGGUUGAAUUUCCUUCUUAAAUUAGGCUUAUCCUCACAAGCAUGACAGGUUUCUGCCGCCUCUAUCUUGACUGUAUAUUUUACUCUGCAAUAAGAAUGGUAUUUUUUUUCAUUGCCUUCACUUCACUCAGGAUAAAUCCAGAAUGGGAUGCAGUACUUGUCAGUCAAGGAAAAUAUCUCUCCGAUACAGCACUUAUAUACCUCAACCACAGAUAUGUUUAAUAACUAAAUACGUAUUCUUUAUAAGUCACCUCUGUCGGUAUACCAAAAACCCUCCGAGGUAACAUUUCAGGAUGUCUUACUGGCAAGUUUGCGUCUCCUACUCUCAGAUGUAUUCACAACCAACCUUAACAAGUUUUCAGUAGCAUCUCAGUGCCAGUGCAAGCCUUCAGAGCAUUUCAUAUCUAUGUGAUUUAGGGCUCAUCCUUUCAGAUUCAGGUGUUAUCUCUGGGAUGUCUUUCUCUAACACACGAGAGAGACUUUUUUUUUUUUUUAAUUUUGAUAUCAAAUUAAUGUAAAAACAUAAUUUUUCUGUACAUAUUCAUAACAUAAGACAUGCAGUAGCAGUUUGCUUUAGCCCACGGCGCAUUACUCAGAAUUGUAUCUUCAGGUUAACGAACCACGCUCGCCAGGUUUUCAUUAAGCAGGUUUUUAGUGGCCUAAUCACUCACAUUCACAGAUUGUGCGUUAAUCUCUCAGCAUCCGAUGAAAUCCUAACUCUUUUUGCAAAAAUAGUACAUUCAGGUAUUUUCUGAAGUGUUUCUUCAGGUUCUCAAUACUGUUUUAAUCAGUCCUGUGAUCACAAGCAUUUUAAUAACGACUAGGUUAGUGUUUUUAUCUCAAAGCUCUUGACUAAUUAAGUAAUUAUUAAAAACACACAGAACUUUUAAGCAAUAAUAGAAGAUAAACUCUCAAAAACUAGCUAAUAGGGCUUUCUUGUAUAAGUAAAGCAAAAGUUAGCUUACAUAUUAGCUACUGGUGAAAUGAUGCCUCAUUUCACAACCACCUGUCUCUCCAGCAACUGAGCCAAAAAUUCAAUGAAAAUAAAUGAGGAUAAAUUAAUUGUUGUGCUGAUCAGUUGGUACUUUGUGCUAAAAAUUAUCUCAGGCUUAUCCUUGUGUGAUUAAAAAAAAAGACCUGACUUUACUGUGACUUAUAUUUUUAUGACUUCAAUCAUAGUUUUGGAUUCAGCUGUAAACUGCAUGAUCAGCCGAUUUCAAGUUCGGCUCGUCAACCCCAGAGUCUGGUUGACACUUUACCCUCCUGUCAGCACUUCCUCGAACACUUUAGACCACAUGCACUGAAGCAGUUGCAUGGUAUUUUCAUUGAAUUUUUGCCUGGCUGACUCAGCGAAGGGGAACUCAUCCAUAUUUUUUUAUAUCAGCAUGCCUCAUUGUGCACUUAUACCUCAGGAUUUUCAGGAAUAUGGGAUCACGGCCCAUCAUUCUCUCAUCAGGUUGAUACACGGCUAAGGCAGAUGUUGGUCAUCAUUUUUUGCAGCCUUUUUUUAUAAACGCAACGUUUCUAACAUGAACUGGGAUGAUUUCUCAACUACAAGCAUUUUACUCAGACAUAAUAGAAACUUGUCAAGAUUGUAAACAUUACUUAAGUGAGAGUUGGUUCAGCAGAAAACUCAAGUUCAGGGACUUUUACACUUGUAUGUUAAUAGCACUGUCAAAGUAGUUUUCAUUUAUCUUAGAUGAUAAAUUUACUGAUUUUUAUUCACUUGUUGAGAUUCUCCUAUAUUUCACAGCUUCUGAUUCUGAGUUCUAAAUAUUAUUUACAUGUUUUUAUGAUUUGUAUGUUUCUCUAAUUCAUCGUUUGAGUCUUCAUUACUCAGUCUUCUCUCUGAACUGCAUCUAAUUCAGCGUUAUUCGUUAACAUUGCAGUUUCUUUAAAUGCAAAUGUUUUCAGCAUUGACAAUCAUUUAGCAUUAUUCAAAAGUCAUACUUUAUUUAUUGAAGAGUUUUUGUGCAUUUCGACUUAUUUGUUCAAAACAAACAACCACUUUGAUAUUAAUGACCGGUAAAUCCAAACCUUUCUAUCCUCAUUGUCUGUUGUAGCAAAUCUUCUAGUGAACUACCUCAUCUAGAGAACCCAUAUCUGUUAUUUUAGUUGUUUCACUUAAUAAUCUAAUUGCUCAGUACAGUUUAUUAUGAAACCCUGUCUUAAAAUGGAUCUAUAAAACAGCUGAAACUUAAACAAAUGUUCCCCCACAUGUAAAUAUUCCAGUUUAUCCCGAGUAUGUUAUUUCACUACGAUCACAGUUAGGUUUAAUUUUGGCUUCAAUUGAAGGUGACUAAUGACUAAAGCUGUUUUUCUAGAUCUCCUGCUCUGGAGAAACUUUCUUGUUUCUAAAAUUGAGGAGGGGUCAGCCUCACUACUUCAAAUUAAUAUAUUUUGGUGUCAUUUCAUCAAUGCAGUAUUUAUUCUUGGAUAUUUAUUGACAGAUGAUAUUACCACCACUUACGUUACCAUGAAUGUAAAUGGCUUUAAUGAAACAAAGAGUUCCACCUUACAGUUAAUAAAUACACAUACAUUAGUAGAUAAUGCUUCAAAUGUAGUUAAUUGCUUACAUGAUAUAUGAGAAGGGAUAACAUAACAGAGUGUCCCGUUUUAUUCUGAUAAAAGUUUUGAAUCUUUUGCUUGAUAAAUAUUAUAAUAUAUGAGGCUUGAAGCCGUCAAACAUCUGAAGAUGUGAUUUUCAAAUAACUAAAGAUUAUCCCUUUUAAAUUAAAAACUAUGUACAGAUUUUGUAUAUUUCAUUACCCUUAUAUGGUUGACACAGGGAUGACGAUGCAGGGGAAAUUUUGCAUGAUUUGUCUUGAUCGUAUUUGGAAAGUUAGUCAUACGGUGAAGGUUAUCUUUGAGGAUGUUUUAUUGAAAAUAGUGAAGUGUUGGUGUGGUGACUGUUGAGUCUACAAUGUUUUAGGUAGAAAACUGUGAACUCUGAAUAUCACCUGUUCAGAAUCUAUCCAGUGGUUCAUCCUCAAAUAUAUGAUACAUCCCCAUAAAGCUGUUGGUUAUUGCUAGAGUAUUUAUAGAUGUAAUAUUCCAUAUAUGAACGUUGUGGGUAAGUUAGCACAUCCAUGUUUGUGUGCUUGUUAACCAUUGUGGAGAUGAGUUGUAAUAUAUUUUCCUUGAGCUUGUUGGAUGGUUUUUAUUCCCUCUUCAGAAAAUGGCAUGUAACUAGCGUCAGUUCCUUACUUCAGUGCUACAUUAAACGAGAGAGCUAAACCCUCAGGGAUGAAACACUUUACAGCUUACUAUUCAGGUACCUCGCUUUACUCCUUAAACAUUGAAUCCAGGGAUGUGAAGUCAGUUGGCUUGGCAUAAAAAAUAGUCAGGUUCCAGUUACAGCAAAUGUUAUUUUUUUAACUCCUGAAAUUUAUUUUUAACCUCAAAAAUUGCAUGUCAGAUAUUUUGGCAUGUUGUUAGGAGAUUGGAAAAACAUCUUAUUAGUGUUAUUUUUGUACUUUACUACACGAUGAAUGUCAAUAUAACCUCAGUGCAGGUAAGAUGUUGACAAAUGGCUAUUAAAAUAAGUUCAUAUCCAGUUCUGUUCCUCAGUUAGCACAUGGUAAAUAAAAAAUAAACUGUACGGUUUAUCACUAGAGUUUAACAAAAGCUCAGAAGACUUUUCUCACCGACAAUAGUUGUAUGCUGACCUUGACAUUUAAAGCUGAAAUCAGUAUAUUUUUCUGUUAGCUAUUGCUGUCCUUUUCCUAGAGCAUCUAAAAGGAGCUAACAAGUCUCUUACACAGAGGAGAGGCUUUGCAAGAUUCGAGCACUGGUGUUAUUGUGCAAAGACAGAAACAGGCUGCAGAUUUCAGCUUUUCUGCAAUAGAUAAAGAAUAUUAUCAGAAUCCAAAUUUUAUUUAGCAGUUUUUCAUUAUUUGUAGUUGUAACAUUAAUAUAAUAAUUAAUUCCUUUUUUUUUUGCCUCUAAGAUUUAUCAGCAGACCAUCAAAAUGAUUUUUGACUAAUCGUUUCUCUUCCAGCUGCCUGCACCUCCUUUCUUUGUAGCACAGACUAUGUGGAAAAAUAUCUCUAUCUUUUGUUACACUACAGCUUUGUGACAAGCCAUCUCAGGAAUCACAUCGUAUUUUUAUUUCUCUGCUCACUUAACCGCACAGAAGCCUUGAAGGGACUUUUAUUUUAGAAAAAAGUAUAUGAGCCUUUCAAAGUAAGAAGAUAUUUAUUGCAUAAUGUGAUGGUAUAAAUCCUCCAAAAGUAUUGGAGGAUUUAAAAAGAUACCUACCUCACUGACAAAUCUUGAGCCAAAAAAAAAAAGAAAAAAUAGAGACAUGCCGAUCCCUUUUGACUGAUAAAAUAAGAUUUGUAUUGGCACAAACAAAACCUCAAAAGUGUUGAAAUAUCAAAUUCAGAGAUUUUUCAUUAUUUCUACGCUUUCCUUUUACCGAUUGAUUUGUCUUACAUUGUCGAGCACUUGUAUCUAAAUGUCACCACAUGCACUUGUGAUAAAAUAAAUGAAAACUUGACAAAAACUGUGUAAUCGAUAUUUCCCCACUAUGUGUUUGCUCUUUCAAGUGUUAAACAUGUGAUGAUCUGUUUUAAUCAAAGUGAUCCACCAUGACUUAAUGUGUUGUGCAUGUUUGGAAUUAUCUCGAUGUAGACUGUAACAAAAAUCAUCUUUGUGUAAAAAGAAGAAAAAAAUGUACUAGCUGUAACAAUGUAAUUGGUCACGUUCACUGGAUGAAAGAUUCACUUUUAAAAUCACCUAUUCUUCUAAUAAAUAUGCAACGAUAAAAACUGUGAUGCAUCUGUGAGUCAUUUUGCACUUUUAGUUCCACUACUUUUGGCGGUUUUUUUCAAGGACUAGUAAUUCUUUAUUGCUGUAAUUCUAAAUUGCAUGAAUCGUUGUUCUUUUGGAUAUGCAAUUACAUCUAUUUUGUUCCUUUCUCUUCCUCAGUGAGUCCCAGGACUUUCAUGUCACAAAGGCAAAAGACCUGCAGUCCACUUCCACGCUGGAACAGUUCAUGGCCAAACUCUGUCCCCACCACCAGAGACAGAUAGUGGAUGCCAUCGGUUUUCUACAGACGGAAGUCAAAGCACUUGCAUCUUCCAAUAUGCAACAAGACUCUAUCUCCAGUUCUCGGAUCAAGGGAAUUACUUGUUCCACUCCGAAAUCCAGCACAGUCCCCCCUGAGAAGUCAUUCCCAGAGCUUUUGUUUACCAAUGAAUCCACCCCCAAAACGGAAGUCCAGGAUAUGUCCCAUGCCAUCCGAAGCAGCUGUGCAAUGAUAAAAUCUCCUGAGAAUAUGGUAUCCCUGAAAACAUCUGCUGCUAGCCCCGCUUUGGAUCUUCGCAGCCCUGGGUCAGGUAGUAAUGAAAACUUGGUGGCCAAAAAAGCUUAUCCAGGAGAUGCAGAAAACAACCGUCAUGUUGAUCACGCACCUCUAAAAAUGAAAAUCAUGACCAGUAACGUUGCUGCUGGUAAGAGGUUGUCGUGUGUGCUCAACUCUUCCCUCUCAUCUCACUCUGACACUUUUGAAGAUCGGGAAGUGAACAAAAAUUCAACCAGCAGAACAGAAACUCACAGUGCCAGACUUAGCUCCUCUAUCAAAAGACACAGCCAGUCAAGUGACACGCAAAAAGCUAGGCAAAGAGAGACUCUUCGGCAUGAUUCACCAACAAAACCAUACUCGGUUCAUGUGACCAUUCCUCCAGACUCUCCACGGACUGCCAGGAAGACCGUCAGGACAUCUGAUCAUCAGGACUCUGCUUACAGAAGUGUGAUAGACCCUGAUCUAGGCCACUGUGACAUUGUUUUUAUUGACAAACCAAUUACAGAGUGUUUUAAAGAAAGGCAGAGCACCAUGGUCCCACGUCGCAAUGCAAGAAAAAGCACCCGGGGACAUAUAUACUGUGAUGAGAUUUGGGAGUUAAAGACUGUCCGUACAUUGGCUGGGAGGGGUAACUGUCCUAAUCCAAUGCCAGAGCUGGUCACAUUGGUCACUCCAAAACAAAUACUUUCAAAGCCUGAAGGUGUACCACCUGUGGAUAUGCCUUUUGCUGGAGCAUGUAGGGAGACAAUGAUCCAACAAAUGUCCACAGAACAAUCAGAUCAGAGUGUGAUCCCGGGAACAGGAGAUAUGGUGGAGGGAGGGGUCAGUGAAGUCGACACUGUGGUCGAAACGAGCCAGACAGGUCAGUGUCAGAGCAAAGUGCAGUCUGUUCCUCCAUCUCCAAACAGGUCACUACCUACAGAGAGUCAAGACAAAGAUUUAAACACAAAUGUACAAGAGCAUGUAUCAGCAGAUUUAGGGAUUACAACUGAAUGUGAAGAAACUUUUGGUCAGGCAGAAAAAGACAGCGAGCCUGAACCCGCGGGAGAGAUUUGUGAAAGUGAAGAGCAGAUAGCAAAGACAGUCACGGAACCCUCAGAAAAUGCUGCCCAAAGAGAAAAUGAGUCCCAGCUUCCAUCAGAUGAGCUGCAAAGUAGCGAGCCUAUUCUUGCGCAGACUAGCUCACCAAAACCAGCGGAUCAAGUCGAGGUAGAGACAGAGACAGAGGGAAGUAAAUUGGAGAAAGUACAAGAUGAGCAACCUCAGGAAACGCAGUCAGAGAUGCAGACACUCAGUGACGACUUAAAAGCGAUAGAAACGUCUCAAAUUACAUGUUCGGCUGAGGAGCCACAAACUCAAGAGGCAGAAAAUAAAAAACCUGAAGCAGUUUCAGCAGAACAGCAGCAGCCUGAAGAGCCACAAACUGAACCACAAGAAGCCGUUUUAGCAGAGGCAGAAAUGAAAAUGUCUGAAAUAGUUGACAGUGUUACUCCUUUAAAGACAAAGGGUGACAGAGAUAAUGAUGAUACUGGAUACGAUGUGUCCUCCACACCCCUCGAUGCACUCUUAAAGAAGUUACCGCCUUGGCGUAGGAAAAGAGGCGCUGGUACUCCCCCAUCGAAACGGCAAAGACAAACAGAUACAGAGGUGGUGGGUUAUGUAAAUGGAAGACCUGUAUCAGCCAGUGACAGAAGUUUGCGCCGUAGGUCAAGUAACAGCUCAACAUCACCCAGUAGUACACCGGUGAAAUCCAAGAGUGUAUCGAACAAGAACUCUGCUGAUCCAACUGCUGGUUCAACUGCAGAAGGGUCAAAACUGGAGGAACAUCUACCUGAAACACCGACACCUGAAGAGAUGGUUGAGACUCCUCCACCGAUUCCACCUGCAAACAAAACGACUCCAACAGGAUCGAGCCGAACAUCCAAAUUUCCCCCAGGGUCAAAACAAACCAACAAGCAAAAGAAAAGUCAGAAAGAUCGGGAUAGUUUAGAGUCCAAACGGCAGCUUAGAUCAUCGAGCCACAAACAAGCCGAAUCUCAAGAACUCUUACCAGUGUCAGAUGCUGCCCCUUCGACCUCAUCGCCAAAAUCUGCUGCUACUAGGGCUCUUUCAUUUACUGAGAACCUUCCCGCGCCUCCCCUUCCUCCUUCGCUUUCUGAUACUGCUCCUCUCGCCGGGUCACCCCCCUCGCCUCCUCUUCCUCCUGUACUUUCCGAUGCCGCUCCUCUCGCUGGGUCACCCCCCUCGCCUCCUCUUCCUCCUUUACUUUCUGAUACCGCUUCUCCAGCUGGGUCACCCCCCUCGCCUCCUCUUCCUCCUUUACUUUCUGAUACCGCUCCUCUAGCCGGGUCACCUCCCUCGUCUCCUCUUCCUCCUUUACUUUCCGAUGCCGCUCCUCUACCCAGGUCACCCCCCUCGCCUCCCCUUCCUCCUCUACUUUCUGAUACUACUCCGCUCGUCAGGUCAUCUCCCUCACCUCCCCCUCCUCUUCCACUUCCACUUCCUGAUUCUGCUUCUGUAGUCAGGUCAUCCUCCCCUACUUCCAGUCCUCCUCCACUUUCUGUUACUACUCCUCCAGUCAGUUCAUCUCCUUCUGCAGCUGCUGAACAGCCCGAGCAGAACACACCCCAAGAGACGACUGUGGAAUCAAACAUUGAGAAAUCGCAGCCAUUAGAAACGACAUCUGAAGAAUUGCAAGAGAACAAUGAAGAAAAUGUGCAAGCUGAGCAGAGAUUGAGGUCAGACAAAGCUGUCCUCGAUGAGAAACAGGCACCAAGCGCAGAGGAGUCAAGUUUGUUAGAGAAUGAAAGUCCUGCAAAGACUGAAAUGCAAUCGCAGGCUAUGCCGUUGAAAAGCAAGCGGGUUCACCGCAAGGAAAUUGAUGCGUUGCUGCUGGAUCAGCCUUAUGUAGCAUUUUUAAAGGAGAGGUCCGCAAGUGAAGACGAUAGUUCAGACAAGCCCACAAGAAUGCCAUUGAGGAGCGAGAGCAGUAAAGUCGGGCCAUCUCACCAGCCUGUAACUCAGACACCAGUUGAAAACAAGAAGUUAACUCUGCGAUCGCAAAGAUUGUCCUCGCCUUCUACCAGUUCAGUUACCGUAGCUGCGAAACAGAGUGAAGUAGCUUCCCCUGUUAGAAAACUGCCAGAAAGAGGAUCUAAAGCUCUGGUCAAGUCUCCUCCAGUGUCUGAUGUAGCUCAGAUGCCACACAGCUCAACCACCCAUGUCUUUCCACCGAGACUUGAGCCCCCAAAACAAACUAACAAAUUCCUUGAGACCUUGAAUGGAGAAGAAAACCAACAGCUCAUUACAAAUCUGAACGUUAAAUAUGAUAAGAUGCAAAGAGGAUGGGUGCAGCUGGACAAAGAGGGUCAGCCAGUGAUAAAAUACAAAAACAAAGCAGACCGGCAGGCAGCUAUUUGGAAGAGUAAGCGCAGGGCCAAAAAAACAAAGUCUCUGGAGCACCAGAAAUACUCCCCGGUUCAAAUGCUCUUCAUGAAAGGUUUUAAUCUCACCAGCAUUUGUCGCUGGUUUCUUGAAUCUACAGAAACAAAGUCCCUCGUCAUUGUGAAGAAGGUGAAUACACGUCUUCCAUCAGAAACUCAGCUGUGCUUUCACAGCUCCUCUGGUGCUUCAGGGACCUCUCAGGGGGUCUUUCCAAGCUUACAGGCCGAGCGCCUAAAGAAACAUUUGAAGAAGUUCGCCAUCGCCUCUCCUGUAAAGAGCAACCCCAAGAGUCAGAAGCUGAUUGCUAAAGCGCUGGAGCAAGAGCCAGUGGCUGUCAAAGGAAAAGAGAAACGAGAACCUGUUAGUACUACUCAGACUGUAUUCAAGUCACACUCCUCUGCUGAAGCCAGGGCACAGACAGGUGAAUCUCAGAAAUCCUCCGGUAAAGCUAAGAAUCCAGCGAGUGCAAGAAUCUUGAGAAAAUACUCGAACAUCAGGGGGAAGAUGCAGGUUCAGCAAACCAGUGUCCGACUGAAAAAGGCCUCACAAACCUUAAAAACUAACAGUCUAAAGAGACUCGGGACAACUAAGUCCACAUCUAAAUCGAUUCUGAAACCACCGCUGAAGGUGCAGAAAUCCGCCCUACCUGUCAGUAAACAAUUGAAAGCAGCUAAAAUAGAGAAAAAGAAAGCACUGACUGACAAAAAACCUACAAAACAUCCUGUUCAGGAGAAGGUAGUCAAAGCUCAGAGCAGUGUCAAGGCUCCAAGAGAAACGAUUAAAAAAGAACUGCCAAAGAGAUGUUCUCUACGGCUGGGGUCUCCUAAAGUACCCGAAAACAACCCUGCAGUGGAAACAUCUAAAAGCAAGGCGGAAAGUAAGAAACAAACGGAGGCAGAGAAGGUAGAGGUCGAGAAGCCCACUGUGAAUAAAAUGAAUGCUUCAAGAACCCAAACUAAAGAGUCAGCGCCAAGUUCAGCUGCUGAAAUCAAAGGCACUGAGGCUGCUGUAGAAGCCCCGCAGCAGGGCGUGGUUCCAGGUUCAGCUGAUCAGGUAUUGACAAGAUCACAGAGAAAAAUGGAGGCAGUGGUCCCUGCGAGCGACAGCAAAAGUCAAGCUUUAAAGAAGACUAAGUCUGUCAAAACCCCAAAUGCAUCUCCUAAACCAGUCCGAAAAACCGAAGAGCCGGCGCUGACGAGAAGCGGGGCUUUGAGGGAGCCGACAAAGAGAGGUCGCGUAGCCUCGUUGCCACGCAGUUCGGCAACCAGGAAAGCUGAGCAGCUAGAGACCCCAGCUAAGCGCACCAGGACUUCGCUUGCAAAAUAGAACAGUUGGACAGGGAGAGAUCCUUUAUUUUGUGGUUGUCUUCAGUCUGUAAUUCAUUCAUAAGGAAAAGAAGAAGAAUAUAUUUUUUACUCUCACAUUAUCUCCAGAGGCGACUUUUUCAGGAGGCAAAGCUGUGAAAGAAAGUGAUUUAUGCUUUUGUAAAGCUUCAGUGUAAAAAUGUGACUGAAUAUAUACUGAGCAUUUGCUCUCUGUUCAUAGACUUCACACAAGUCGAACACAAUCUCUAGCAAACAUAGUUGCUGUACGGCUUAACUCCUGUCAGGCUCAUUUGCCCUUUUCUCACAGCAUUAACAUAAAAAAUGUCCUCAUAGUUCUCAUGUAGUUGAAACAACUUCCCUCUGUUUGUAUUAAGACACUUGGUUAGAAUUUUGUCGUUUUGGGUCAGUCCUCUUUGCUGUGUGUCUUUGCAAUCACAUCUUAAUGUUCACUUUUAAUCUUUAUCUGCUUCUGUAUGUGUAAAAUGUUGUUUCUGUGGAGACAGACUUUGCUACUCUUUGUAGGAUACUGCCCUCCUAGAACUGAAACCCGCGUCUUUAUGUAUGCCCGAUAUCCCUGAAGAUGCUACACCCAUUUAAGACUCUGUAUGCACAUACAGUGCUUGUAAAAAGCUGCACUGGAAAAAAAAAUCUGAGAUGACUUUAGGAUACUGGCUGAUGUGUCAAAAUAUUUCCUCUGAGUAAGACCUGAAACUUUCUUGAUUGGUUGGUUUAUCUGAUUGAAGUAUACAGGCGUUUAGCAUUAAUGACUGGGCGAUAAAAUGACCCCAGUUGGAUUUGAACGUUUAGGAAUAUUCCAAUUAUACUUCUGAUUUGUGUUUCAAGUAUGUUGCAGUUUUAUUAUUAUUUUUAUUAUUAUUCUAUUGCUUUUUAUUGUCAUUGAUUGUCAGGCAGAUGUUCUCAGAAUGUGAAGUUUCUUUACUUCCACCGUAGUAUCAUGCAUUAGUGUGUCGUCAAAAGUCAAACACAGUUUUCAGCACAGUGUUAUUUUUGUAUGAUGGUCAUUUCUCCCAAGAGGGUAAUUCAUCUGUAAAUGAAAAACAUGUCUGUCAUGUUUUUAUUGUUAUUUAAGAACUCCUUGUUGGUUCAUGUAUUUAGCAAAUCUCAAACAGCCCACCAAAUACCAGACUUGAACAUGUUUAUUCUUUACCGUUGCUAUUUAAAGAUUUUGAUUUUGUAUAUUGGAAAAGAAAUAACGGCUUUAUUUGUGGUAAUCCCAAGAAUGAUACAUCUUUAUGGUAAGAACUUUGUAUUUUUGCUGGAAUUGAUAUAAAGAUGUUUGAAUUUUA